UUAGCUACAAUGCUGGGAUGAGCGCGUGCGAGAAGGGCGCGCAGUGGCAGCGGACGCUGGCGUUGUUGAGCGAGAUGUGGGAGGCGAAGCUGGAGCCCGAUGCCAUCAGCUACAGUGCUGGGAUCAGCGCGUGCGCGAAGGGCGAGCAGUGGCAGCGGGCCCUGGCGUUGCUGAUCGAGAUGUGGGAGGCGAAGCUGGAGCCCAAUGCCAUCAUCGGCUACGGCGCUGGGAUCAGCGCGUGCGAGAAGGUCAAGCAGUGGCAGCGGGCGCUGACGCUGCUGAGCGAGAUGCGGAAGGCGAAGCUGGAGCCCAACGUCAUCAGCCACAACGCUUGGAUCAGCUCGUGCGAGAAGGGCGAGCAGUGGCAGCGGGCGCUGGCACUGCUGAGAGAGAUGCGGGAGGCGAAGCUGGAACCCGACUCAGCUACAGCGCUGGGAUCAGCGCGUGCGAGAAAGGCGAGCAGUGGCAGCCAGCGCUGGCGCUGCUGA